GCUGAAGAUCAGCUGAACAAAUUGAAGAUGCGCGAUGUAAAUCAGCGCCUUUUCGGUUAUGCAAGUAUGCAGACGGCACUGCAGAAAUUCUAUGAAUUGCGAGAAAAGGAACAAUUAGGCAGCACUGGGGCGAAUAGUAACCACGAGGACCGAGUGACACGCGCCACGCAGAAAUUCGAGGCGAAAAACUUUGUCUCAGCAAGCCUCACUUUGCAGGACUGCACACCUUUGGAAUCGGCCAUGUUUUUUCUCGCUACAGGCGGCGGUGGCGGAGCAACGAACAAAAACGCGUGGAAGCGAUCCAUCUUCCCGACCUAUUCGCGUUUUCUGCGCAAAAUUUGCGAGAUUUUCAUCAUCAAGACCAGCCAAGAUGCCGAUCCGAGGACCGCGUGCGAUCUUCAAUCAUAUGAAUUACAAUUGAUAGCCCCGUUCGACGAGUUCCUAGCGAAGUUGGUGAAGAAUGAGAAGCUGCAUGAUGUUGCAAAAGAGCUGCAAGUAAUUGCGAUUCCCCGAGACAAGCACCUGUGGCUGGAUACCGCGUACAUUUCCGGCACGUUUGGUACGCAUUUCGACGAGAAUUCGGCUGCCGAGGAAAAGAGGCUCGCAGAGAAAGGCACCUUGGAGACGCGUUUAGGCAGCGGUAACCGCCUCGUGGUAUUGGAUACAGAACAACGAAAGGUCGAUAAUAACUAUGUAGCCACUGCGAAGAGACUCGAUAUUUUCCCGCUACGUGAAUCGCAGCGUUGGGGGUUGGACCAUCUUUGGCGAGCGAAUCGGGAGCCUCCCAAGGACAACCCCUUUCGGUGGAAGCAGUUGCGAAUUCUUCCGAUUAGUGCGUUUGCAGAUCUCAGCGACGGGCGCCUGUCACCGAAUGAGAGCAGAAAACUCCACUUUUUGCGGCUAGGGAACUCUGCGGCAGACGUGAAGGAGAAACUAACUCUCACAGACGAAACCUAUCGUUAAGGGUUUCCCCAUUGCGUCCUGCACUAACUACAUCCAUGACUCUUUCCCUGACUUUUUUUUCGAGAAGUCAGCCAGGGAUGUUCUCAACGAGGACGCAAUGUCGGGACCUCUAAGACCAGGAGCUCAAGGAGGUGGUGUCGCGAGUUGUAGAAGCAAUACGUUUCAAUUUGAAGCUUGGCGGGAAGUUGAAGGAGGAGUUCCACUUCAAUUUUCACCCUCCUACUCGUUCUUAGUGCCCGCUGAUGUUGGUACUGCUUCUAUUUGCCGUGAUAGGACGAGACCUGUGCCAGUAGUCAUCAACUUACUUUUGACGUGAUACAUAUUACGUUAAUUAUGUGACAAGAAACGUGAUCUUCCCUUUCUAUUCAUGAUCCACAAUAUGCCACUCCUUAAGACCACUCCUCAACCCAACGAAUUUCAAUCAGCAUCAGCUUACCGACGAGAAGAAGGAGGACUGCAAAUUUCAAGCGACGAAAUUGAAGAAGUGGAAAAGGAAAGGCACAAAAUACAAAGUAUCACUCUCACUCUGCAGAAAGAGAGCUGGAGGCUUGUUCAAAAAAGUGGCAAGCUGCUGAUGAUGCAGAAAAAAUAGGUAAGCAAAUAUUACGUCGGCCAACGGUCGAAACUUAAAAUGACAAACACUAAGACUGCCCGUGGAGCAUACUGCUUCAACUAGCAACGUAUCCAGUAUGAUCCACGGUCCUGGUAACUUUGAUGACAGUGCGAAUCUUGUGUCUUUCUAUCAUGUUCAUGUAGCAACAAGAAAUGUACGUGCAGAUCUAGAAUAUCAGAGCGUCGUAGUGUUACGGCCAAAAAUUGUGAUCCCUGUUGCUUCAAAAAUAUCAUCCUCCCCGACUCCUAACAAAGAAGCAACAAGAACCAGGUAUCGGGAGACUACGUCUGCCACUGAAGACAUACACAUAUCAUAGUACACAUGUUCUUGGGGAAGAUGCGAAACGAACGAAGCACGUUGCACUAAUAAUACGUAUUUCCACGACGACGGUCGUACACGAACAAGAGCAAUGAUGGAGAAGCGACUUUCUACUUCAGGUAUCAUGGUCUACAGUUUGCUCUUCCUUCUGCUCUAUUUCAUAUUCUCAGUUUGGUAGGUAACUUGCUCAAAAGAUAAAGAAGUUCUUGCUCUUCUUCCUUCACUCUUUGGUGCCGCCAUCAAUUACGACCCUACCCCACAACAAGGUGAUCACCGCUGCUUCGAUUUUGAUCGAAUAAUCUUGCGACGUCGAAGCCCCAGAAGCUAGAGGUAGUUGAAGACUGAGCAAGCAGACGACCCGAAGCUAAUACUGAACAAAUAUUAACCACAGGAGUUGUAGGGGUAAGGAAUAGGAAAAUAGUCACUCCAAAAAUAGAAAUACUCGAAAUCAAAAAUGAAGUUGAUUUGGACUAGGUCCCUGCAAGGAGAAUAGAUAUCAACAAGUACCGUCAUAUUCAUAAAAAUAAUUCCACUGUUGCGGGUGUCUAUCCCCCUUGACUAGUAUCACUUGAAUACUUCUAUAUAUUGUCUCAGAACACAGCAACAAGUGUAAUAAACUACAACUCAUUUAUUUUGAUACUAAGUAAUUCGAUUACCAUCAUAAUCAUACAUGGAUCAGGUAAUAUAUUAUCUGCAAUUACUCAUCUACAUACUGAAUUGUACGAAUACGAUUCAAAUUCAACAUAAAGAUAAAACUGCUCUUGUACCCUUGAAUGUUUCCUUUCUGAACUAAAACUUGUAAUACAACCCAUUUGCAAGUAGAUUAUGCUUCACCCCAUUUGUUCCCCGGAAGCUCCCAUCUAUUCGUGACGUUGGCCUCUAUGCUAACUGUCCACUUCUUGCCUAUAGGAACCAGACUCGAGACGUGCUCGAGUCGGUGCCAUUCGUCAGACAUCAGCUUCCAGAUCUCGAUCUUCAGAUAUUCACUGUUUGUUGACGAUCCAUCGAAAUCGAUAACAUCCAUUUAGGUAGUGAGAAACAACCUCACACAAGAUUGACUACGCACUAUUGGAUUUGGUCACGAAUAUACUGAUUAAUAUAUUUUUAAAUAUUGUACUACUUGAUUCUUUUGCUUUUUGUUUCCUAGUUAGGUGUGCUCCACCGAUAUUAAUAUAAAACUAUGCUGGAGCGGCUUCUUAUGUUGAGACAAAGAGGCGCAGAUCCGAGUCUACGUCGAGCUGACUCAUUCGCUGACUCAUUCCUUCGCUGACUCAUUCGCUGAUGGUAGAGGCCCAGCACCUUUUCUUCUCCAGCAGUUCGGUAUUUGUGUUGGUUCAAACGUGAUCUGACUAGAAUUGGAUGUUUAGAGGUUAGCAUGCUUAUUCCGUCGCUGUUAGUGAGAAAACUGAAAAUAUGCAAUUGAAAUUUCUCGUGUCUAGUAUUUCAUUUGUAGAAAUUCGAGAACUGUUUAUAUGAGAUAAAUAGAAGUGACGGAACAUAUAUGAGCUAUCUUAACACGAUGAAACGACACAACCCCACGAUGCUGCUACGUGGCGUUCCCUUAGUCUUGAAAGUUGGUCUCGUCUUCUCUCCGUAUCUUGCUCCAGCUAUUCCGUAAAAUCAAAAAUAAAAAUAGCAUAAUCAAAAUAUAUAUCGCAUAAUCGUCGAGAAAGAGAAAUGGAUCCCUCGAUGUCGGCUGGUGAUGGUGGUGGGACUAGAUGAGAAGGUAAUGCUGUGCUGUUGCUGUUGAAAGUAGUUCAUUGCUGGGAUGAUGCUGAUUACGUGUUGUAUUGUGGUUGGUGAUGGGAGUUAUUGGGAUGAUACUGAUUAUAUUUUUAGCAUGUUGUCUGUUGUUUAUCAACAUCCUGGUUGACACAUCUAGAACGAUCAAUCAUCCACUUCUCGCGGAGAAAAUUCCUCUCGGCAUCUGAGUCGGAGCACAUUGAUCUGACUCCAAAAACCAUUAUUACUCUUGUCAUCAUCAUUCACACGACCAAAAACCGUAGGAAAGUUGUUGAUAAAGAAGGCACAUCCGCAAAAAGAGGAAGCAGUAACCUGUGC